AUGCAUCGGUGUAUUGCACAAGAUUUUCCCAAGAGCUCAUGCUUUGUGACUCACAAAGUCCUCACCACCGCGGUCACUGCCAUCCUCAAACAGACAUCCAACUUCAACACCAGCAACAAGCUGCUCAAGUACUCCUGGUUCUUCUUUGAAACCUUGGCCAAGUCAAUGGCGCUGUACCUGCAAGAGGGCAACAGGAUGAAGAUGCCGCGAGCCCAGAGGUUUCCGGAGAGCUUCCACCAGGCCCUGCAGUCCCUGCUGCUCUCCAUCAUGCCUCACAUCACCAUCCGCCACCCUGAGAUCCCAGACGAGGCCCGCCAAGUCAACCUCAGCCUGGCCGCCUUCAUCAAGAGGUGCCUGACCUUCAUGAAUCGAGGCUUCGCGUUCAGCCUCGUCAACGACUACAUGUGCGGCUUCUCUCUCAAAGACCCCAAGGUAGCUUACAGUACGGAAGUAAGAAAAGAAGCUGAUGCUGAGUUAACUAGCCAUGUAAGGCGCUACGAAGCACUGUGGGAAGUCUGGGGCCUUUAUGUAUUGCAACAAAAACAUUAA